AUGAAUUACUUUAGAAAAGCAAAUUAUACGCCUGUGAGAGCAAAUCAAGAAAAAGCUCUCCUUUUGCCGAAUAUAUUUUUGUUCUAACAAUCUCCAGAAAGAAAAUCUAUUCAUUAACUAAAAGGAAAAAAUCUAAAAUACGGAUUGAAAAAAUUAGAUAUUUCAACUAACACAGUUGAUUUAAAAUCUGAUAGAACUAAAGAUCUGAUAGGGAAUUUAUCUUAUUAAUCAAGAACUUUAAGUGGAUUAAACAUCAAUAAUCAACAAAAAGUCAAUUAAGAUUCUUAUUUGAUUUUAAAAGAUUUACAAUACAAGUUAUUUGGGAUUUAUGAUGGUCAUGGCAAAUUCGGUCAUUUAGUUUCUUCGUUCAUCAAAUUUAAUUUAGAAAAAUUUAUUAAAAGUGAUAUAGGAAAUGCAGAUGAAAUGAAAGUAGCUUAUGAAUUGUUGAAUAAUAAAUUAUUAGAGUCUAAUAUUGAUACUCAAUUAUCAGGAUCGACUGGCAUAAGUGUCCAUAUUAAAGAACAUCAUCUAUUUUGUUGUAAUGUAGGAGAUUCAAAAGCAAUCUUAGGGAGAAGAUAGUUGAUGAAUAAAUACUAAUCAAUAAGAUUAAAUAGAUUACAUAAACCAAUAGGACUAGAGAGAGAUAGAAUCAUUAAGUUUGGUGGAAGAAUAGAAUAUGUAUAUGGAAGACCAAGAAGUCCUUUGAGAGUUUGGAUGCAAAAUGAGGAUAUGCCAGGAUUAGCAAUGACAAGGUCUUUUGGAGAUAAAAUGGGAAUUAAGGCUGGAAUUAUUGCAGUGCCAGAAAUAUUUGAAAUACAACUAACAAAGGAUGACCAUUUUAUCUUAAUAGGUAGCGAUGGAUUAUUUGAACAUUUAAGCGAGGAGGAUAUAUGUAAAUUAAUAAGUAGAUACUAUCCACUCUAGAUAGAAAAAGCAGCUGAUAUGUUAAUGCUAGAAGCUUAAAAGUAGUGGAAACUAAUAAGUUUAGGUAGAGAUGAUAUUACAUUUAUACUAAUUUUUAGAUUUUCUUGA